AUGGGGGAGCUGAGUGACCUGGACCGACAGAUCGAGCAACUGAGACGCUGCGAGCUCAUCAAGGAGAGCGAGGUCAAGGCCCUGUGCGCCAAGGCCCGGGAGAUCCUGGUGGAGGAGAGCAACGUGCAGAGAGUGGAUUCGCCCGUCACGGUGUGCGGGGACAUCCACGGACAAUUCUACGACCUCAAGGAGCUCUUCAGGUGCCUGCGCAAGUACGGCUCGGUCACCGUGUGGCGCUACUGCACCGAGAUCUUCGACUACCUGAGCCUGUCGGCCAUCAUCGAUGGGAAGAUUUUCUGUGUCCACGGGGACACCACAGGCUGGGGCGUGUCCCCGCGGGGCGCGGGUUACCUGUUCUCACCUGUGUCUCACCUGUAUCUCACCUGUUCUCACCUGUCAGACACCACAGGUUGGGGCGUGUCCCCGCGGGGCGCGGGUUACCUGUUCGGCUCCGACGUCAUGGCGGCGCCCGCGGGGCCAAGAUGGCGGCGCGCAGUCACGCGUGCCCGGUGGUCCAAGAUGGCGGCCUGCAGGCCGGAAGUGCCGGUGCAGAGCGGAAGUGGAGACAAGCAAAUGACGUGA